AUGUCUCAAAUCUCUCAGGCAGCUUUGCAGAGCCUUGACGAUGACUCCAGAAAGGAGAUUUUGCAGUUUAUCGAGUCGGAAAACUCCAAAUCUAAGGUGCAGAUGUCCAUCCACAACUUCACGGAUAUGUGCUUCAAAAAGUGCAACGAGAACAAGCCCAUUGUCGCCAAUACCUUAGAUAGCACUGAGGAGAAGUGUUUGUCCAACUGUUUGAACAGAUUUUUGGACACCAACAUCCGGGUUGUGCAGGCGUUGCAGAACCAGAAGUAG